AUGGCAACAGCGCCAAACCCACACUGGGCCCGUGGCCCACAGCCCAGAAUCCAGAUCGCCGGUCCCGAACGUCAACGAAACGCCAAAGCAUUUAAUCUGCAAUCUUCCACCAUCCCAUUUGACGGCGCGCCUGUCAUUGUCGACAUCGCCGCACCAACCACACUGCCGGAUUCCAUCACCACCCUCACCUCUCACUCUCACCUUCGCUGCUCAGCUGCUACGCUUCGUUUCCCGCAACUGCCGGCGUCGGCGCCACAAACCCCGCCAGCAACCAUGAAGGAAUUGCUCGACACCGAUCGGGUGAAUUUUCUCGUCUGGAGGUAUCUCCUCGAGUCAAAUUACCGCGAGACGGCCGCCAAGCUGCAGAAGGAAUGGAGGGUCCACCAGCCUCACAGGCAGUUUGACUUUGCGCCACAUGUCAAUACCUAUGCUCUGGUGUCGCUGUUGAACAAAGGCCUGAUCUAUGAGGACUACCAAAGGCAAUUUGCCGCGGAACAGGCUCGUCUUGCGGCACCAGGAACCGAAAUACCAGAGCCACGGGGCGUGUUUGGGCCGUUAAAAUAUCACACCGACCAGCCUGUGGACGAGGAUGAGGAGGACGAUGAAGAAUCAGAGCCCGAACCGGAACCCGAAGAGAUUGAGAACCCACGGAAGCGCCUGGUUGACCGGCCGCAUCACGAUUUGUCGCAAGGGUCCCCCGCCAAGAGGAAGCGGCUUAGUAACGGCUACGACAAUGGGGCAGCAGCCGAUUCGGCCACGACGCCCAUGGAUGUCGACCAUCCGGCAGAAAGCAAUGGCCACGCAUAUCCAUCGCCGCUCGAGGGAGAGCAACCUGAAUCACCACUUGCGCGCACUGAAGGCCCGUCACGGGGCACGCAGGUCGAAAAGGUGCGCGAUCUGACGCAUGGGACCGUGUUUUUGCGCCUGUCCAGCGAUGAAUCGACAGAGCCCAGCGACAACCCUAUCGUGCUUCUCAGCGAGUGGAACCCUCGGGAUCCAUCCGUCUUGGCGACUGCCGGCACAGAUGCGCUAGCCCGCAUUUGGACCUUGCCUAAGACCUCCAUAAGUGGGUCUGCCCCAGAUACCAUUUCCGAUGAGAUAGCCAACAAUCACGUGACCACACCUACCCGCACAUCGGCAGCAUCCAUCAACAUUGUCGAGGAGGACCUGCCCAAGAAUGCGACUAUCUCGGCCAUGGCCUGGAGCGCUAGUGGCGAGUUUCUGGCCACUGGCGCAGAGCUCGGCAGCAAGUCGCGCGUGAGCAUCUGGACAGCAAGCGGUACCCGUGUUCAGGGAUUCGACGGCCUGGACUCGCCUAUCACUAACCUAUGCUGGAGCCCGAAUAACAACUAUUUGCUCGCCAUCAGUCCGGAUGUUAGCAACGGCCCUGAGAACACGGGCACGCUAAUCCACGUGUCGUCGCCCUCCACUCCCAACUCUAUGUCUCAUGUUCUGGAGCACGACCUGCGUGCCGACAGCCUCGAUGCUGCUUGGAUCAGCGAGACCGAGUUUAUCCUCUGCGGCGGUAACCUCCUGGUUUCGUUCCGCUGCACGGAGCAGGGGAUUGUCCCAAUGAAGGAGUUUGCUACGGGCAAGGACGAACGCUUCAGCCUGGUCCAAUUUGACUGCCGUUCCAAAUUGGUUGCUACUGCUAGCGACAAGGGCACUGUCGAUAUCUGGGACGAGAGCGGAAAGCGCCGCACAUUUCCUGCCCACGAUGGCCCCAUCACCAGCCUCAAGUGGCAGCCUUUGCAGUCUGAGCCGACUGAAGACGAGAGGCUGUUGGUCACCGGCGGCGAAGACGGCUCUAUUAUGGUCUGGAACGUGCGCGGAACAGACACCAAACCCAAGUUCGCCAUCACUAUGCCGCCCCCUCUGGCUGUCAACAAUUUGUCGUUGAGCCCGGAUGGGCAGUUCAUUGCCGUUGCGACGCACGACAGGGUCCUUGUUUGGCAGAUAGAUGACCAUGUGUUGCCGAAGGCUACGUGGGAGCCUCAGCCGGGCUGGCAGAGCCCGAAUGCCAAUGGAGAUACCGAGGAUGGUAUCCCGUGCUUGGAUUGGGAUAUGGAGGGGAACAGGCUGGUUUAUGGGCUGGACAACCGCCUUGCCAUCAUUAACUUUCGGUAA